AUGGUCAAGCGACGCAGAAAGACGCGCACCCACCUCAAGGGGCCCAACAACUCCGCUGCCACAUCCACCUCGGCUCCCAAAUCAUUUAUCAUUCGAACCGGCAAAGUACCUCGCUCCGUGUCCACCCUCGUCUCCGACACACGCAAAGUCAUGGAACCCAACACAGCAACCCGUCUCCGUGAACGAAACACCAACAAGUUGAAAGAUUUCAUCUCCAUGGCCGGACCCAUCGGCGUCACCCAUCUGCUCAUCUUUGGUCAGACCGACGCUGGAACCAACCUACGCAUUCUUCGUGCGCCUCGUGGACCAACGCUCACGUUCAAAGUGAACAAGUACGCUCUGUCAAGGGAUGUGCAGGCCAGCAGUCGGAGACCUACGCCUCCUGGGUCGGAGUUCGUCACACCACCGUUGCUGGUGUUGAACAACUUUGGUGGGGAGGAGAGGAAGAUGAAGUUGCUGGUGGCUACGUUUCAGAACCUGUUCCCGCCGAUCCAGGUUCAAUCGAUGAAGCUUUCCCAAGCUCGCCGAAUCGUCCUGCUGAACUACAACUCGACAACGGGUACCAUCGAUUGGAGACACUUCCUCAUCUCCGUCCGUCCGGUCGGCGUGUCCAAAUCCGUACGACGAGUCAUUGAAGGUUCCCGUUCCACCUCCCGUUCAUCCCGCAACAAGCUCCCCAACCUCUCCUCCACCCAAGACAUCUCCGACUAUGUCCUCGGCAAAACAGCCUCCUCCUCCUCUACCACGGCUUCUGUCAACGGCGAAUUCGAAACCGAUGCAUCCGAAGCCGAAUCCGAAGCGGAAGACGUUGCGGAUCCCAAGAACAAAGUUCACCUUCACGAUCGCUACGUCGGACGCGGCAACAGCGCCAACACGCAAAAAGCCGUGCGAUUGCGCGAGAUAGGUCCUCGCAUGGAGUUGACUCUCGUCAAGAUCGAAGAAGGCUGCAACGAGGGAGCAGUGCUGUUCCACGAGUACGUCAAGAAGAGCGCUCGGGAGGAGGUGCAGUUGCAGCGCGAUCAUGCGGACAAGCUCAAGCUGCAGAAGCAGAGGCGCGAGCAGCAGGAGGAGAACGUCGAGCGCAAGAAGCAGGAAAAGGCCGAGCUGAGAAAGGCCAGCAGGAGGAACGCCGGUCUCGCAUCCGACGCCGAGAGCGAGGCCGACGACGAGGAAGCCGGCGAAAGUGAGGAGGAGGAAGACGAGUUUGCGUACGAGGAUCAAUUUGCUGCACAGGACGAGGAACAGAUGGAUGACGAUGAAGAGCUGUUCGACGAUGCAGACGCUUCUUCAGACGAUGAGCAGAUUGCGGACGAAGACGAUGAUGACAGCGACGAUGACGAUGACAACGAUGCGCCCACAUGGAACCCCUCGCGUAGCGCAUCCGGAGGCUACAACAACCCUCCCGGCAUCGACCCGCACUCGGACGAAUCCGACCUCGAACCCAUCCCUCUCGGUGGCAUGCAGCACGACUACAACAGCGACCAGGAAUGGCCCGUCUACUCCGACGACGAACCAUCCCCACCACCGUCAACACUCAAGAAAGCCAAGUCAAAGCCCGCGCAACCAUCACACAGGAAGAAGAGCCGUCGUUGA